UGUGAGACGGUUGUGUCGAAAAUUUGACUGCGCGUGCUUUACGUUUGCUGGCCGCAGUGAUAAUAUAUUAUCUUAAAUUAUUUAACGGCCCAUAAGUUGGCUUUAACACAAACUUGUUUAAUAUAAAGGCAACGCGCUUUUCGCAUUUAUAAUCAGCAACAAAAAUGGCAGGGCAAGGUCGCUUGUCUGUGCCGCAAAUAUGCAGUUGCCUGCUUUUGAUCGGCCUGGCCUGCAACAGCAUCGUGGCUUACAACCUAUCACCGCGUCCCAAUCGCAUCAUUCGAGAUCCACAGCUCGCAACCGUGAUGCCCAAAGUGCGUGCGUCAUAUUUCGGUUAUACUAUGAGCUUGCGGCCACAUGGCAUUUUUGUGGGCGCACCACAGGCCCAGUCCACACUGGAAGCUCAGCGCAAGGUCAAUGAAACGGGCGCCGUUUACAAGUGCUCGCUGCUCAGCGGCACUUGCAACCCUUACAUAUUUGAGGGGCGUGGCAAUAUCAAUAUUGAGCGCAGCGAGUACACUUGGGACUCGGAGCGUCGCGACUAUCAGUGGCUGGGUGGUGCCAUGGAUGGCGGCACGAAGGACACGGACAAGCUGCUGGUCUGCGCGCCCAGAUUUAUUGCACCCUCCAGCAAGGACUAUCAUAUGAAUGGCAUAUGCUAUUGGGUAGCCGAUACGCUGGCCGAUCAGCCACAGAAUAUAACCAAGAUCUCACCGCUGCGUCUGAAGGACAAUCAAGUGAGGGAGGACAACAACCACAGAUAUUAUUUCUACAUAUUAGCCGAGCAGGGACUGAGCGCACAUAUUGCCGAUGACAACGAUCAGAUGCUCAUUGGUGCGCCCGGCAUAUUCAACUGGCGUGGCUCGGUCAUACGCCAGCGCAAGGUCAUUGCAGUGGAGGAUCCCUCCGCCAGUCGGCGUGACACGAGCAGCCAGCAACGCAGACGCAAAGUGCGUGCGGGUGGGGAUCACAUAAACUACGAACAGGAGUAUUCCUAUGAAACAAGUAUACCCAAUCCCGGACGCUGGAAGCAGCCGGAUGACUCAUACUUUGGCUAUGCCGUCAGCUCUGGUUACUUCGACAGCCAAGAUCGGAAGCGUUUGCUUUAUGUGGCUACCGCACCACAGGCCAACGAACAGUCCGGCGAGGGUUACAUCUUCGACAUACAGGGCAAGGACAACAUUGACAAGCUUCAUGUGUUCCGAGGCGAGCAGUUUGGCGAGUACUUUGGCUACUCCGUGCUGGCGGAGGAUCUCAACGGCGAUAAUCUCACCGAUCUAAUUAUAUCAGCGCCCCAGCACUCGUUCGAGGACUCACAUGACAAUGGCGCCAUUUACGUCUUCAUCAACAAGGGCAGAUUUAAUUUCGAGUCCAAGCUGCUGCGCAGUCCGCUGCCGAAUGUGGCCAAGGCACGUUUCGGCACCACGCUGACGCGACUGGGCGACAUUAAUCACGACGGCUUUAACGAUAUUGCCGUUGGAGCGCCUUUUGCUGGCAAUGGAUCUGUUUUCAUUUAUCUGGGCAGCGAGCUGGGACUGCGGAAUCAGCCCAGCCAGCGCUUGGAUUCGCCACUGCAGCAGGCAUCGAAGUAUGGCGAGCAUAUGUUUGGACAUGGCUUGUCUCGUGGCUCGGACAUCGACGCAAAUGGAUUCAAUGACUUUGCUGUGGGCGCCCCCAAUGCUGAGGCUUUGUUCAUCUAUCGCGCUUAUCCUGUGGUCAAGCUGCUGGCCAGUGUGCGCUCCCAGAGCCGCGAGAUUAAGCCUGAUCAAAACCGAGUGCAGAUUACGGCCUGCUAUGGACUCACUACCACCUCGAAGGCCAGCUCUGCUCAGCAGCAGGACAUGGCCAUGCGGAUUGUCAUUGAUGCGCAGCUGAAGCGCGCCAAGUUUGUUUCGACGCAGUCCAAUGAGCUCAGCUUCAAUGCGGUCGCAGGCAUGACCCAACAGUGUCGCGUCGUUGAGGUCGAGGUGCGCUACAGCGAGAAGGAUAUAUUCCAGCCCAUCGAACUGGAAAUGCACUAUGAGCUCACCAAGAAGGUGCCAGACUCUGAGGAAUUCUGCGAAACGUGCGUGGCUGUGGAUCCGGCUGAUCCCAAGGUCUACUCGGAGAAAAUCAUUUUCAGCACCGGCUGUGCCACAGAUAUUUGCAUAGCCGAUCUGCAGCUCAGCGGCAAGGAUAUGAGCCCAAGCUAUAUCUUGGGUAGCAGCAAAACGUUGCGCAUGACCUACGAGGUGACCAACCAGGGAGAGACCGCCUAUCUGCCCCAGCUCAAUGUCACUAGCUCGAGUCGUCUGAACUUUGCGCAAACUCCUGGAACCUGCAAUGUCUUCGAGGCUGUUAUGGUCUGCGAUCUGAACCGUGGACGUCCGUUGAUGAAGGGCGAUAAGGAUAGCGUGACCAUAAGCUUUGAUGUCAGCGCUCUUACGGGCAGUGCCUUGACUAUCAAUGCGGAGGUGUUCAGCACAGGCCAGGAGAGAAAUCCACUGGACAACAAGCUCAUUAGCUUAAUAGCGCUCCAGCAAUACACGGAAAUUGAUGCCUCUGGUGGACAAACCAAUGGUGCCAUCGACUUGGAGCACUACAAGAACUCGGCGGAGAUCAUAAACAAUUACGAGAUCAAGAGCAAUGGCCCCAGCACAGUGGAUGCCUUGGAGCUGGUCUUCCAUAUACCCGUGGCUUACAAGAUUGCAGGAUCGACCGCAACUAUUCCCAUCAUCAAUGUGAGCAAUUUAACCAUGCAGGCCACCUAUGAUGCCCAGCUGGUGGCCAUUGAGCUGCUCGAUCAGAACAACACGCAGCUGAUUCUGAAUCCCAUUGAGGUGCCCACGAGUCGCAUCGGCUAUGAUGAGGAGCAUGCGGUCUUGACGCAGAAUGGCGAGCACUACGACAUCAGCACAAGUGGCCAUGUGCAUGAGCACCUGCAAAUCUUGGACACGGACUCAGUGGCGACGGCUUCAAUGUCUCGCAAGCGACGCGAUCUUAAAGCUUUGACUGCCAAUCGUGAGCAAUAUGCGCGCAUUUCCAAUAUCAAAGCACAUGAGUUACUCAGCGAUGAUUUGAAGGGCAAGUUGCCUGUGAAUCGCACCAUUGUGUUCAACUGCAAGGAUCCGGAGAUGACCAUUUGCCUGCGUGCCAUAAUGCGUAUCUACAACUUCAAGCCGGAGAAGCCAGUGAAUCUUAACAUGCGCUUCAGCGUGGAUCUCAAUGAAGUCAACGCCAUUCUCAGUGAUCCUUGGGAGUUCUUUGCCAUACUCAUCGAUCUAAAUGUGCGCAAAGAGGGCGAUCCAAAGGGCUCGACGCUGGCGAUCACGCGCAAGAUUGAGCCAAAUGUUAUAUCCAAGCAUUUGGUAACCAGUUUCCCCAUCUGGAUUAUCAUAGUCUCUGUGCUGGGUGGUCUAUUGCUGCUGGCGGCCAUCACCUAUGGCAUGUAUAAGGCGGGCUUCUUCAAUCGCGCCAAGAAGGAAGAGCUGGACAAGCUGGUGCAACAAAGUCCAGUGGAGCCCGAGGCUGAAACGCUUAACAGUGGCGACAACUAAACUACACACACUGUGAUCAUCCUUAUAUAUGUAGAAUACAAACAUCACCACGCGACGAUUCGAUUUACAAUACCAAAACUACCGAAAUGCGAUAGAAUUGAAACUUCGAAAUGUGUUCGUAACGAAAGCGACAGAUAGAUAGAUAGAGAGAGAGAGAGAGAAAAUUGUAAACAAUUAUCUAGUGCAACUUGCUAGCUGCAGGACAUUGAAUGUCCUUCGGCUUUGCAAUGUUUUUAAAGUUGGGAGAGCGUGCCUUGUAAUUUGUAGUGUAAUCGCAAUUAAUUUAUUAAACAGCUAAGGCUUGUGCUCAAGUCAAGCCAAAUUGCCAUUAUUUGUAAAUAUUUAUAAAAUAUUUCUAACAAUAAUUGUUUAGUUUUUGUUUUUUCCAUUUAGUUUAGUAAGCUUCAAAUGGCAACGUGAAAGACUUGACAAAACUUUUGUAUACAAAAUGUAAAAAGAAAAGCAGCAAGUAAACAAUUCUUCCUAAACUAAACUAAGCAGAGUGCAUAUAACUAAAGUAUUAAAUAAAAUGUAUUUUUAAGUUUUACAUAUUGUUAAGGCAUAAAGAGAACGAAUUAUAUUAAAUAAAAU